AUGCGCUUUUCCAAAGUUCUAACCGGCCUGCUUUUCCUCGCAGUCUCUGCGGCAGCGACUCCCACUCCUCCGCAAGAAUCCAGUCCUAUAGCUGGAGGCCACCCUGGGCCCCGUCCUCGGCCCUUGCCCCCCUGCAACUCGGAGUACAGACCCUGCAGAUGCCCGCCCGGCUCGACCUUCAAGAACUUCACCAGCUUUAGCCUCAUCGGCGCUCCCGCUGCCCACGUGCAGAUUGUCAUGGGAGACUUCUUCGACAUGACCUUCCAGUCCCUCACUCCGAAUAGCACGACCGGUUCGAAUCAGGUUGCUGGUGCUACGCGCAGCUUCAACUUUACUGUCCCCGCCGCGGGAUACUAUCUCUUUAGGGAGGAGCUCACGAAAUGGAAGACCUGGCCAGAUGGAUCGUUUAUCCAGGAGUACCGGCAGCAUCCGGAUCCCCCUCUCGUCAAAGUUCCCGGUGGCGGAGGCGGCUAUUACGGCAUGUGGCAGAGAAUAAUCGGGCAGCAGACACUGAUACCGAAUGAGACAGCCUUGGUGUGGAAGAACUGGCGCUGUGACAUCGGGGAACCAUUCCCGGCGGUUCUGUCGCACGAGAACGGGAUGAAUAAGGCGUCGUCUAUGUUGCAGGACUUGGGGCUCCAUACCGGGGUCGAUAUCAAGGCUUAUACCACCUUUUACGAGGUUAGGGAUGACUAG